AUGAGUUUCGGGAGAUGGAGGUCGGGGGUCCGCGAGAAAACCGGGUUAAACAGAAGACUAAGCGGCAGAGGAUCUAAUCAAAGCUCUUCCACCAAUAUCCUCAGUUGUACUGCGAACAGAGUAGCUGCGCAGGCUUUCCCGUCUGCAAGUUGUGUGAAAUGGGGCUAUUCAGCAGGGUUGCGUCCACGGAUGGGAGAGACACAGACGAUGGCGCCAGCCAAGACAGCGGAAGAACUGACCACAGGAGAACAGGAGAUCACGAAGACUAACGGACAAAAGAGGGGUAGCAGGAAGACGUGUUCAAGGGAUGAGAGAAAGAAGAGAGGUAGAGGGAGGUUCGAGAGAUGGGAAGGGAGAAGAAGGACGGGGAGAGUCGAGGAUGGAGGAAGGACGGGAGGGUUGGACGUUGGGCUAUACCAGGCAUUGUCAGGCAAUACUGCGCCUAUUACCAAGUCUUUACCUGCAGAGAACUCACUGGAAACUACUGUCCCUGAAAGGAAAUGUGGCGCUAAACCGCGUCUGGAGUUGCAGGGUACAAUCGUCUGCAAUUUUGGGAGGAACAAACGUUAUCGCUUGUACGGAAGUAUGGUACGGUACGGUACGAUACGGUCAGAUACUUGA